CUGUAACACCAGCAACAAGCAGCUGGCUUCCGGGUUGUGGAUAUGUUGUUGGUUGGAGCGCUGUGAUUUUCUCGGAAUUUCGCCGGCUGAAAGGAAAACACUCGAGUGGAAACCCAUCCCUCAUGGCUACAUCUACUCCUCGUGAAGGCCUGCUGGAGUGUGUGAACGAAUGCGUUCGUAGCCUGCUGGGGUUAAUACCCCGUGGACUGACUUUAGGACCCUCUCUAGCUGAAGAUGGGCAAAUGGGGUUGUGGUGUGUUGGGUGGACUUUACAGAGUGGAACACUUCUGGGGCUGGAAGAUCUAGACAAAGUGGCAGGAAAAGAAGAGACAGCUGAAGUGAGCAGAUGCCUAGAAAGAGCUAAAGGACAAAUUUCAGACAGAACCUACUGGAUGAGGUUUGCUUGUAGUGCUCCAAAUGAAGAUCAGAGGAAUGUCAUUGUACAUGAGGUGGAUGGAAGAUUGUGUUUCAAGACCUGUAAGGACAUCAGUCAGGGAACAGAACUCCUGGUCUGGCCAGAAGUUCCAAAAAUUCUGAAUGAACCUGUGAAGAAUUAUGUAGUAAACACAACUGGAGAAUUCUGCAAUCAGGAAGCACCACAAAGGGCAAGAGAAGAUGAGUCGCUUAAACCUGCUCAUAUUACACAGGACUCUGAGGGGGAAGCGAAACUGAAGCGAUGCAAUGCAGAUUGGAAUGUACUGGAAUGCAGAGACGGACAUGAGAAAGAAGUGAUGGAUACGUGUGGUACUGAGAAGAAUAUUGCUGCAGCCCCAGCACUGGAGCUAGCAGAGCCACCUGAGCAGCUUCAAGUGGCCGUGAGGGCCAGCUGUCGACUGGCAAAGAAACCCCGCAUAGUUCACUCAUUAAGCAGGCGUUUAACCAAGCAAUCGCAAAGGCAACAAAGUAAGAUUGCCACACUUGUUACUGAAAACUCUCAGCUCAAACAGACUACAACUGAAAAUGAACAAGAAAGCCAAGAGAUGUCUGUGUAUAAAGAGAAUACUAACUCAGAUGAUUUGCCCAAGGAAGGGUCUGUGCAAAGAGGAAAGGAGGGUUCUGAAGACAUUGAGAAUCCACGUGAACGCAAAUACAAGUGUGAUGAGUGUGAAAAAAGUUUCUUCCAGCUUUGCCACUUAAAGAAGCACAAGAUCACACACACUGAGUUGAAGCCAUAUGCGUGUACAGAGUGUGGAAAACACUACAGGUCAAAGGAGAGUUAUCUUGCCCACGUACUUUUGCACAGAGGGCAGCGACCUUACAAGUGUGAGCAUUGUGACAAGAGCUAUGGUCUGAAACGUGACCUCAAGGAGCACCAGGUGCUACACACAGGUGAGAAGCCAUUUGUGUGUGACGUGUGUGGCAAGAGUUUUGCACGUCGCCCUUCUCUGCAUGCCCACAAGGUAGUCCAUGAGGCCAAAUGGGUCCCAAGGGUCAAAUGCCCAGAGUGCAGCAAAGAACUUGCCAACCGGAACUCGCUCAGGGCCCACAUGCGUUUGCACACAGGUGAGCGACCUUAUGCAUGCCCGCACUGUGCCAAGCGUUUCCGCCAGCGUUACAACCUGCAAGGGCACCUGCGCCUCCACACAGGCGAAAAACCCUAUGGGUGUCCACACUGUGAGCUCCAUUUCUCACAGGUCCCCGAGCUAAAGCGGCACCUGAUUUGCCACACAGGUGAGGCAUACCUCUGCCCUGUAUGUGGCAAGGCACUGCGGGACCCACAAACGCUGCGGGCUCAUGAGCGUUUGCAUGCAGAUGACAGACCUUUCAAGUGCCAGGAUUGUGGGAAAGGGUAUACAAUGGCAACCAAGCUUCGUAGGCACAUGAAGUCACACCUGGAAGAAAAGCCAUACAAGUGUGAGGUAUGCGGAAGCAGAUACACGUUGAUGCAAAGUCUACAGCGCCACCUGAGAGUACACGCAGGUUGGUCAGAGACCGGACACACAGCACCAACUAGGGGGCGACCUAGGAGAUCACACCAUAAAGAGAGUGACCAAUGGGAGGGUGAUGGAGGAAAGCAGAAAAAGGAGCAAACUUUGUUUUUUGUUCACAAUCUACAGGAUCCCAGGAUGACGCCUCACUCUGUUACAGAAAACGAAGGAGGUUUGGAACAGAUGGAGCUUAGUCAGGACAUUAUAGAAAUCGUUGUGUCCACUGACAGCACUAAGUGCAUUCUGGUUCAAACACAGGACAAAAAUGCUGAAUGUAUAGUUUUACAGCAGCCGGAUGCUAAUGCUAAGUGUAUACCAGCAGAGAACCAGGAGGAGAACACUAAAUAUAUAGUGGAAGAGCAGGUCGAGAACAGUAACGUGGUUGUAAUACAAGGUCACGAUGAACUCAACUCAGUGGCAGAGACCAUUGAAAUAGAGAUGGGUGUUGAUGACUGAAUAUAUUGUAUCUGUCAUGUUUUCUCAUGCUCAGUGACUUGUUACGACAUUUUAUUAGAAGGUUAUUCUAAAAGCAGUUGACUUAAAGACAUUAGUAAAUAUUGACUCAUGUGUUCACUGAACCUUGUCAUCACUGUUUGUGCCAGAUCAGAGCACUGCGAACCAAACCAAUCUCAUCUGAAAAAUGGAUUUGUAGUUACUUUUAUUAGUGUUCCAACUAUGCAGUUAUUUCAGAAUUAGUCGAAUUAAUUAAUUAGUAAUUUAAGGUUCCACCCAUCACAUAGAGAAGAGAUUCUCAAACUCAAGGAGGUGUCAAUGAGACUGCAUGAAGAUCUUGAGUUUUCAUCUUAACUCACUUGAGACUGCAUGAAGAUGUUCGAAUGUAUUAAAUAUUCUCUAAAUAAAAAAAGCAACAGAUUUAGACCCUUUAUUAAGAGAGAA